AUGGGUGCCGGUGUAUCUCGCAUGCUCGGUAAGAGCAAGAGUGCGAAGGUGGUGAAUGCAACGCUAGAACAAGAUGCACUAACAAAACAGGAACUUCUAGGGAGCAAGAAGGCGACAUUUUCGGCUUCUAGCUCAAAGUCUACCAUCUGCUCUACUUCUAGUACAGCAAGUAGUGGUGCCUCGUCGAAAGACCAGAAGCAACGACAGGGAGCUUCUUCUUCCACGACAACUGGCAACAGCAACAAUGCCUCAACUACAUCUCAAGGUGGUGCUACAACUCCAGCUUCAUCAAGCAGUGAUGCCGGACAACAUGCAGCUUCUACUCCUUCCGCCUCACUGCUCCAAUUGAAGCCAGAGAUUGUGCGUUUGUUUGGAGAACAAACCGCGAACAACCUUCUCAGUACGAAGUGGGAUCAUAGGGAAGUACUUCCUUUUUGCUCAGUCACACCUUAAUGUAUGAUUUUUAUGACCACCUGACGCGCAUGUAUGUUCUUCAAUUUGGUGCAGCCAGCUACUUACGGUGAAGAUUGUGAAGAUUCCUUUCAUCCACAUCUUCGACACCUGUAGUUGCUUGUGGUCUCUUUUGUUCCGCAGUGACUGCAUUUUCCGUAGUCAACUUGUUCAACUUCAACUCCACAUGUUGUAGACUUGUCUGCCGGUCAUGUGUUUCUUGUGGCGGGGGCUGUUUGUUGGUCACUCCGUAGGGGGGUCUUACCGCUUAUUAUUUCGGCUGCUCGCUUAUUUCAGUUUUUCGAGUAGACUCGUCUAGUAUGAUCAACUUACUUGUUCAACUUCAACUUGACACUCUCAACAGACCGCCCUCCGGCGAAUUUCUUCCGAAGUAAGCAGUGGGAAUCUUCUGCUCAGUUGCGGUAUCUUGGAGAACACGAGUACUGAUAAAGUCUCAACCGUCAUCCUCGCGAGCCACGAAUGCUUCCUUAGGGUGCUGCGAUUGCAGGAAGAAAGGAGUCGAUGUCUCGAGGUGCUGCUCCAAUUCGUGCUGCCGAAGAGCUGGGUCCAAGCACCCAAAAUCGCGAAGAGUGCGAAGUUGGUAACUCAUCACUCACCCUCACGAUAUAUGAUAUAUCAAUCUUCUUCACCGGCAGCUCCUUCUUGUAAUUUUUUAGAAUUAUAUAUAAGUUCUAUUCUCUAGCAGGUUCAGGAGGUCCUUCUAAUUUAGAAUUAAAUUUGGUUCAGGAGGUCCUUCUAUAAUUUAUAGAAUUAGGUUCAGGUUGCCCAUGAUGCUAUAUACUCAGGUUGUCCGGUACUUCGUGGAGUCCUUUCCAGACACGGCUAGCGACGUGAUUCACUACCUUUACAACCAGUGCGAGGACCCGAGCAGGCGUGCGACAGUGUAAGAAUAUUUGUCUUUGUCCUGCUCCUGUUGAUCAGCACGAAGAUGACGUGUUGCCUAAGAGGACAUUAAGCACGACAUUUUCAAUUCUUAUCAUUACUGUUGCAGUACUACGAGCAGUAUCGUGCUGGUCAGCAAGAACAGAAUCAGGUAUUCAUCCUCCAACAAUACCAGGUGUCUCGGUGCAUUAGAGGUGAUGGAUUUGAUCUUGCAAGGAAACGAAGUGGGCAAGAAAUUUCAGGAAGCAAAAGAUGCGUGUAUUGACUUGCUCCGACUCGGAUUUCAAGACGGCUUGGGUCCUAAGAUUCGGUUUCGGGCCACGCUCGUCGUCAACAGAAUAAGAGAAUUCGUGCAGGAAGAUGUACAUCGGCAUCGACUUUGUUUUUUAUGUUUCGUCACCGAGAAUUUCUUGUUCGUGGUUGACGCUCAACAUAACUAAUGAACCUUACUAUUUUCCGAAGACGACGCGUACUUGCUCUAAGCCAAAAAUAAACUUGCAAAACCAUCUUCAAUCAUCAGGAACUGGAGCCCUUAUUCCGUGACUUGCGUCCUGCUGUUGUGUCGCAGAUCAAUCGAGCGCGUGGGCGUGCAGGUGAGCAAGAGGAGACAUGCUCCAACACAGGUCGUGCUGAACGUAGUAGAAGCAAGAAGUCAAGCCACAGUACAGGACAAACGUCAUCGGGAGGUUUCAGUUCUAUUAUGAAGGUUGGGUGCCUGAAGACUUGCAGCACGACUGCAGCAUUUUUCAUCUGCCUCAAUCAUCGUCUUUACAUUGCACCAUCGACGAUUAUCUCGAUCGAACAUGACCUCCUAACUAAUGUCUAGAAGUACCUCUAGCUCUAGCCCACACAACCCAUCUCCAUUUUUAUCUCAUCCUCACACUCCCCAUCAGCACGAUCCUCACCCCUCCUAAUCUCCCCAUCUUCACCUCUAACCAAAGCACUGCCGCGGCAAACAACGGAUACCCGAAUAAGGCAGCGAACAAGUACGAGUUUCCGUAUUCGGAUAGCUACGACGAAAUCUUGAUGGACAAGAUUUUAGAUGAAGCCGGGAUGGUUAAGGCGCGGCCCUUCUCACUUAAUAUUCAUCUAGCAGAUGACUGCAACCUUGAAAAGUAUAAUGGACGAGUAUCGCAGGGGUGUACACGGGAAUACUUUUCACGGAUGCAGUUGGGAGAUGAAUUGCGGAGAGGUCUAACAUGGUCUUCCAAAAGUCCGACCGCCUCUGUGACGAAUCCACUAGCGCUGGCGGUAGUACUCGCGAAUCUUUUGGGAUUCUCAAUGCGGAUUUGUUGACAUAA